AUGAAAGGACAAGAAGAGAAAACGCAUGUACAGAAGAACGAGAAGAAAUUUCCUAACGGUACUAUAGUGGGAAAAUACUCUUAUAGAGAUAAAGAUGGUAAUCCAAUACAUGUCAGAUAUUACGCUGAUGGUUCAAGUUAUGGUGUCGAACUGAAGAGUGUUAAAGUUUUUGGAUCAAAGCCAGAUAAUUCAAAGGAGGCGAUUAAUUUGGCGAUGACACCAGAACCAUAUGAGGAGGCCAUAAACGAGGCAAAUUCGUUUAUUAGUAACAGUUUUGUAAAAAAUAAAUCCUUUACACCAUUUCAAGUUAUUAACGAAGUACCCGAAGAAACUUCCAAAUCUAAAAAGCAGAAUGCUGAUUACGAGAUAUUUUUGGAGAAUGACAUUAGGCCUUCACAAGAUUGCAAGAAGGAAAAAGUCCGAGUGUACACAGAUAAGUCCAAGAGGAAAGGCUUACUCAUAGCAUCAGCGCUUAUAGCCUGCGCAAAUGCCCGGGUAUUCACAUAUGUAAGACCAGCAGAACCGCAUACAGCGGCUAGUUUUGUAAACGCAGAACCAAAAAUUGAAUAUGCACUCCAACACAUACCAGAAGAAGAGCAUGUUGAUUAUUAUGCGUAUCCUAAAUACGUAUUUAAGUACGGAGUGAAUGACUUUCACACUGGAGACAUAAAGACUCAUCACGAGAGCAGAGAUGGUGAUGUCGUCAAAGGUCAGUACACGGUUGUAGAACCCGAUGGUUCUAUCAGGACAGUCGAUUACACGGCUGAUAACCACAACGGGUUCAACGCUGUGGUACACAAGACAGCGCCCAUUUCCGCCCACGACGCCCACCUUUAA